AUGGCAGGCCCCCCUGAAUUUUCUGAGUGCUUCUCGGGGUCCAUAUGCCCGCUGGAGCCAUUCUUCCGCAUGCACACUCAGGCGGGCAUUCCUGCUGCCCCUUACAGCCAACAACGAAAUCGUUUGGGUUUCGACUCUUUUCUCCGUCUUCACACCGAGCAUAGAGUUGACCCAUGGGCUCGCAAGCGCGCAAUCAGGCGCCCUUUGAAAGAUACUGAGGCAGGCGGUGCUUGCUCCCUAUCCCAAGAGCAACAAGAAGCACGAAACAGCUAUUUCUUUACUGAAUCGACAGGAAAGGCCAAGAGCAAGGUCCUGGCCAGUUUCGUUUUGGGUGUAGAACCACCACCUCAACGAGGAGCGCUGGGUCUCUCUGUGCCUUCCCCGUUUGCCAGCAGGGAGGGGCCAGGAUGUCCUCGUGGGCCUCCUUGGGGUCCACAAGAGUAUUUGUGGUGUUCGAAUUCUCCUGGCUGCCGCUGUGCUGACUGUUGCGAGGUGGCAGUGGAAGCGAGAAGGCAGAGGGGCCAGCCACAGAGAGUAUCGAAGAACCCUUACCGCGUAUUGGAUGCUCCCAAUUUACCAGAUGAUUUCUACCUGAAUCUCAUUGACUGGUCCCUCGCAGAUUGGGUCGCUGUCGGCAUACGAGGCUCCGUCCUGCUCUGGAAUGCAAAAACUGCAGCCACCGAAGUCCUCUUUAGCAAAACUGCUGCUCCUGCCUUAGAGGAGGUGGCUUCCGUCUCCUUCUGCCGCGCUAAUCCCCAAUUGCUGUUUGUGGGGUUCCGCAACGGCAGCGGGGAGCUGUGGGAUGUGGCCGCGAAAACGAAACUAAGGAACCUCAGCGGUCACAAGAGCCGCUGCGCUGUUUCCGUGUGGAGUCGGCAGCAGAUGCUGCUUUGGACAGGCUCCCGAGACCAAACCAUCCUCAUGCGGGAUCUCAGAUGCCGAGAUGCGUUCUCUUCUUCGUUCUUCUUCCACCAAUCCGAGCUCUGCGGUCUGGACCUGUCGCCUUCUGAGCAUCUCCUCGCAUCCGGUGGCAACGACAACCUUCUGUGUGUCUGGGACUUGCGGCAGACCAUCCAUCGCAGAUUGGCAUCGGUGGAGGCUUCCACCGUAGAUUCCCUGGGCGUCGGCAAGUCAUGGGAGUUGGCACCUGGUACGGAUGCCGUAGUCAACUGCAUGCGGCUCCCACCCCCACGCAGACAUCCUGAGGGGGCCCUCUGGGGAUUAUCCCCCGGAUGGGGCCUCUCGCAGGGGUGUUCUCCGGCUGUCGGAGCAUGGCAAGAGCCGAGGAGCCGCUUCGAAGGGCUUUCGUGGGAGGGAGGAGUGUCAGGAGGAGCAGCUGCUGUGCAAGGCAGUGACGCGGCGGAUCCUACCUCAGUGACCACGUCUACCCGUUCCUCUCCCGAAGGUGCCCCGAGGGAGAUCGACAGUGCUUCCGCGGCUUCUCCUUUGUCUUCGACCUUCUCUCCUGCAUUCUCCGAAGCAGCUGCCAGGCCUGCAAGCGCGACUGCGGCGGCCGCAGCUGCGGCUGCAGCCGCUGCAAGAGGGCGAACAACAAAGCCCUUGCUCGUGUACAGUGAACACAAGGCAGCGAUUAAGGCAGUUAAGUUCUGCCCCCAGAUCGACGGGCUCCUCGCCAGUGGCGGGGGUACCGCAGAUCGAUAUAUCCGUCUGUGGAAUGCGAAGCUGGGCAGCAGUCGCAGCGUUUGCAGCGUCGAUACUGGAUGCCAAGUCUGCAACAUUUGCUUUUCGCCGCAUUCCUUUUCCUUCCUUAGCACCCACGGGUUCUCUUUGAACCAGGUCUUUCUUUGGCGCUUCUCUCCCUCCCUCUUAUCCACGCCGCUGCCCGCUCAAACAAGCCACAAAACGCUGGAACCCUCCCUCCUAGAGUCUCUCUAUCCGGACCUACAAGCUGAAUACGCCAACGCGGUUGACCCCAUCACAAAGGCAGCCACACUUACCGGUCACAGCGCCCGCGUGCUAUUUUUGGCUGCUUCUCCCUGCGGCUGUAGAGUGGUAACGGGAGCCGGACGAGGCGAUGAGAGCCUCCGAUUCUGGCGGGUAUUCCAGCAGCCAGGAGACAGCGUUGACGAAUACGCUUAG